AUGGAUGACUCACGCACGCCCAACGGCCCACGCCCAAGUGGACAGCGGAGAAAGAGGCUGGUUCUGAAGCUCAGUCAAAAGGAUGCUCUGCAAGCCCUCUUUCAACAGAACCCCUACCCUGGCAUCAAGGCCCGAGAGAGCCUGGCCCGAGAUCUGGGCAUUCCCGAAAGCAGAAUUCAGGCUCUGACGCAAGAUGGCCGCCCAAAAGAGGCCGGGAGAAAGCGCACGUUCAUCUCACCCUCUCAAACAGGGAUGCUUGUGCAAGCCUUUGAGAGGGACCGCUUUCCUGGCAUUGCCACCAGGGAAGAAUUGGCUCGUCAAACAGGACUUCCCGAACCUCGAAUCCAGAUAUGGUUUCAGAACCGGAGAGCUCGGCACCCGGAGCAGAGCAGAGGGGCGCCUGCCAAGGCCCGGGCAGAAGACCCCGAUGCCAUACAAGCCUCGACUGUCCCAUCGGACCAAAUGCCCCUGCCCAACAUCCACAACAGCGCUCAUCAAUUGCCUCCAACUGAUCCACUGGACAGCUUCCGGUCCCUUACCGCUGCAGCCCCUCCUCUGGCCCCAAGCUUAUUUGUGCCUUGUGCUCCCCGUGGUGGCUGGGUGGGCCAGCCUUUGAUGCUCCUGGUGGUCCAGACCGCCCCGGCUUCGCAGGGAGCAGAGAACCCUCCACAUCCGGGAACAGACCCCGGCGGCACCACAGCAGGGCCGAGUCCAGGAGGGGGUCUCGCAACCAUGCCCGCCGCACUCACGCCCUCCGCCCACGGAGGGGCCUGCCCGCACAGCAGCCUGCACCCUGGCCUGGCAGCACGCCCUCAGCCUGUCCCCCGCAGCGCUCCGCCACACACCGGGCAGCAUCCGGCUCAGCCACGCAGCCCCCACGCCCCAAUUCUGCAGCCCGAACAGGCCGAGACACACCUGUGGCAGCAGCAGGCCCCAUCGGAUCAGCUCACGUGUCCUCCGCUCCAACCGCAGCCCCAGCCCUCGGGCGCCAGAGGCUCAGGGAGCCUCUUAGAUGAACUCUUGUCAGACGCCAGCCUUCUGGAAAAGGCACAACAUUUCCUGAGCGACGGCACCCCGGAAGAGGGACUUUGGCCAACCCUGGAAGAACCCCUCAGUGAUGACGAAUUCCAGGCCCUCCUGGACAUGCUGCCAGGCUCGCCAGGGCCUCAGGAAAGCCUUCGGUCGAGCCCAAUUCAGGCCUCCUUCCCUGGGAUGCCGAGCCACGGCUGA